CAGCAACAAAACAAGGACUACUUACCCUGAAAGCAGAGCCUAGCCGAUGCUUGCCGCCAAACACACGGAUGAAGUCCUGCGUCGCGCCGUUGAUCGCUGGAAUGCAGGUUGGACACCGGAGGGCGCCACGGUGUAAAGGCCAGGCGGUUGUCAUGGCAACAAAGCUGCCAUGGUAACAGCAGUAACAGCGGACGAAAGCACUUCCUGUCCACAUCCUUGCCAUGGAUCUAAGCAGACCCGAGUCCAAAACGGGUUCCAGCCUUGACCCGGGGACCGCCCGUGUGCCGCCGGCGUCCGCCAAGACCACCGCAGACCUCCAAGGCAGUUGCCCUCCCCCUCACGCCCCGGACCUGAACAAGUACAAGGUCCUCCCCGCCAUCCCCAGGGGCCGCUCCGGGACUCGGAGUCCGCCUCCCCAGGAGGAAGUGAGGGCGGAGUCCUGGUGUGACGGCGGCACCUUGCUGCUCGCCGUCAGUGCGCCGUGCGGCGGGAGCUUCGAGCAGCACUUUGAGCCCUCCGACCCCCUGCGGGUGGUGAGGGACAGCGCCGAGGUCAGGUUCGGGACCCGCUACGGCGAGGUUUCCAUAGCAACCAUGGACGUGCCUCGCAGGAGCUUCAGAGACUUGGAGCGGACUCUGGUCCAGUGCGGAGUCCACGACAGAUCAGUACUGUGCAUCUUUUUAAGUCAACAAUAGUCAA